GCGUAACGGUAAAUGGAAAAAAAGCAUCAUUAUGGCUAAACGUAUUGCAAUUAUAGGUGCAGGAAUCUCAGGUUUAACAGCAAUAAAGCAAUGUCUAGAUAAUGACUUAAUUCCAAUUUGUUUUGAACAAUAUUCUUUUAUCGGUGGAAUAUGGAAAUAUGAAGAUGCUUACGAAAAAAACAAAGAUCCUUAUUCUUCUGUUUAUAAAGGCAUUCUAACCAAUACAUCUAAGGAACUUACAACGUUUUCUGAUUUUCCGAUUCCGGCAGACUGGCCAACUUAUUUGAAUCAUUCACAAGUAGAAAAGUACAUUGACAUGUACGCUGAAAAUUUUAAUCUUUUGCCUCACAUUAAAUUUAAUACUACUGUGUUAAAGAUAUCAAUACUUCCCGAUAAACGUUGGAAUGUUAAAUACAUUAUUCAAGGUGAAAAUGAAGAAAAAGAGGAAAUUUUUGAUUUCGUAAUAGUUGGCACCGGCAGACAUCGCAAACCUAAAUGGCCUGAAUUUAAAGGAAUGAACUCAUUUAAGGGUGAACAAAUACAUUCUUAUAUGUAUAAACGAGCUACAGAUUUUGAAAAUAAACGUGUUUUGGUGGUUGGUUGCUCUAAUAGUGCAUGGGAUGUCGUGGUUGAAUUAACUCAUGCCGCGUCCCAAGUUUAUGUAAGCACUCGCAGAGAAAAACUUCCAUGGAUAGUACCACGCUUCAUAAAUGGUAAAGCGUACGACCAUAUUCCAUCUCGUUUCUCGCAAUAUAUAAUUCCACCCUUUAUUAGAGGAAAAAUAAUUGAAAAUUAUAUAAUUAAAUCCUUUCCAUAUCCUCCUCAUCUCACACCUAAUGACCCUAUAAUUGCUACAUUUCCUAUUAUAAAUUUUGAAAUUUUUCAAUUCCUUGCAGCUGGUACAGUUAUUGUGAAACCGAAUAUUAAAGAACUUAAAUCUGAAAAUAAUCAAAUCGAAUUUAUUGAUGGAACUGUCUUGGAAAAUAUUGAUGUUGUUAUUUAUGCUACUGGUUAUGAUAUUGAUUAUCCAUUUUUAGAAAAUCAUGUUUUUACUGGUGGGGAUGAAAUUAUUCAAGAGUUUAGAAAUGAUUUUUAUAAUUUAGUUUGGUUGUAUAAAUCAAUUUAUCCUCCAAAGUACCCUAAUAUUGCUUUCCUUGGAUUGUCAUCAGGAGCUCCUAUUUUGCCGAUCAGUGAAAUGCAAGCACGUCACGUAAUCAGUUAUAUUAAAGGAUUUAUCAAGCCACUCCCAUCUCAAUAUGAAAUGGAAAAAUCUAUACGUAAUAAUUAUGAAAUUAUUCGUAAAAAUUCUUGCAAACAUGCUCGUAGCGCUAUUCGUCAAGAUUAUCUAUCUGAUUUGGAUGCAUUGAGCAAAGAAGUUGGUUGUUAUCCUUAUUCUUAUGAGAUAAUUAAGAAGUUUGGCUUUAGUUUUUGGAAAUUAAUUAUGUUUGGCAUAGCUACUCCUGUUCAA